AUGACCGCUUUGUUCGCAGCAAUGCCUCAACCACCAGCUCCCUCGACUUCCUGGAGCCUCGUAGAACCGAGGAAGAAGAAAAACAGCGAAUCCGACACAGAGGAAAGUGAGCGGUACACCACCGAUGGGGACACGUCAGCUGCUGCUCCUGGAGGUACCGGAAACCGACUGGCGGACACCAAAGCACAGCAAAGCCCACACCGGGCAAGCUACGCCGCUCCGGGUUACAAGGGCGAUCCCAGCGGCCAAUCGGCCCUGGAAACAGCCCGCCCGUUGAGCUCAAGCGGAAAAAGCUUCUCUGGCGCCCGGGUUCCCCCCAAAACUACUAAAACCAUACAAACACAUAAGGCCCCAACCAAGCAAGCCCAACGCCAGCUGCUGUCUAGUCGGCCACGCCUAAACAGCGGCACAGGCGAUGGGGAAACCUCGGAGGGGGGCCAGAAAAACAAACCUAACAAGAGGGACAGACACGACGACACCAUCUCACCGAAGGUGUCAUCAAAACGUCCCCGCACAACCCACACAAGGAGGGAUGGUGAGGGCAGCUAUGCACAGGCGAUUUUAACUCACCUGAACGUGGCUAUCACCACCAAUCCUCGGACAGACCUCACAGAGAAAGAAGCAAUAGACAUAAAAGACCAGCUACAGAAGGCCAUUUUCACAGUAGCAGGUAACCAAAAGGGCAUACGCUCCAACAUACCAUUCGGUCCCAUAUUCCUGGGCCGCACCACCCUACAUGAAGGAGUGAUGAAGCUGAAGUGCAGGGACGAUGAAACACUGGCC